GCAAACCAAACGGCUCUUAUUGGGUACACUAUACGAGUGAUCAGCAGCGUUGAACUUGUGGUCACUGGUUAUUGGUACGAUGGGGCAGAAAUACACGUAAAUUAGUGGUGGCUAUGCGACCCAUCAAAGCGGCACAGUCUUACUAUAGUAGCACGAUAGCACUGAGGCGUAAGGGAUAGAACACAAUUGUGAUUUCUUUCAGAGUCAGGCGAUAAAAUCCACAGGUUGUUCUUGUACGAACUCUGCUUGCUCAGAAUGGCAAGCCACGACCAAAUCCUUCACAGAGCAGCUCCCCAAUAAAUUAUGCGCCAAGCGAGCCUCGAUAUGCCCUAUUUGACAGUCCGGGUCUGACACCAACAACAAAGGGGUCUUCGACAGACCUUCGUGAUGGUAAUUCGAAAAUUCGAUUUUUAUCCGAAGGUGUCUUUUCACGAAAUGGGAAGUCUUCUAAAAAGCAGAGAUAUCCCACUUUUCCGGUGGAAACCCAUGGGCAUCAGUACAUGAGCAGCCAAUUCUGGUGGAAACCAAUCUUUUGGAUGGUUACGUGCAUAUGGCUGGGUAUCGCGGCUGGUCUCGGGCAUCACUUCGGAUACCAAAGUCUUCAUAGACAGCCACAAGAAAUCUUUUCCCAGACUUGGUCGCAUAAUCUAGGUCUCGGGGCUGCUUUCUUUGUAAAAACGUGCUUUACACUCGCAAUAUUGGCCUCUUUGCAAGAAGUGUUGUGGUUUACCUUCCGGCAGAAAGCUAUCAAGAUUGGUCUUAUGGAUAAGCUCUUUACUCUUACGAGUAAUCCGCUUAGUUUUGGUUCAGGUGCAUUCAUUCAUGCUCCUCUUGCCACGUCUCUUGCUGCAGCUGCUUGGAUUAUCCCUAUAUCAGCAAUAUUGUCUCCAGGCAGCCUGACAGUUGGCCCACUGAUUCUACAUAACGAUACCACUUGUGUUGCGCCCACAUUCGCCGCCGCAUCUCCGAAUAUAAGUUUCUAUCGUAUCGUUCCGCAUGGAAGUACGAUUCAAGGACUAAACUCUGGAAUUCAAAAAGUAGCAGGCCAAACCUUCGCUCAAGGUACAAUUUUAGGGUCCAGUUCUCCAUGCGGACCCAACUGUACAUUUGAAACCUCUUUUCUUGGUCCCGGUUUAGACUGUCAGCCAAUAUCAAACUCAUCUUAUCUUGAUGAGAAUGGUGGACAAAAAGCUAUUUGGUUAUUCUAUAAUGCGACCUCCAGUUAUGACGAUGAGAAUUCGGCCAUGGCGUUAUCUAUAACAUACCGGAACACCUCGAAAGGAGAGGCCUCACAAUCUCCAUUAUCACCACCUUACGUUUCCCUGCGAUGUCUCGCCUACAGUGCAACCUACAACGUUUUGGUGAACUACAUCAACGGUCUCUCGAAGUUUACCACGAAGCUCACCAACAACGGACCACUUUUGAAUUUGAACUCGACAGAAUCCAGCGCGCGAAGGAAUCCGUGGCGUAUCAAUUCUGCCGCCCUAGUACAAGAAGUUUUUGAUGACUAUCUUAAUGGGACAUGGCAAAAGUCACCUACAACGCAGUACGCCGUUCCUUCGACUUCGAUAACAGAGACAAUACUAGCAGGUGACACCAACGACGCCAAUUAUGGAGCAGCAUCAUCCCUUUGAUUCAUCAACCGAGACUUGGGUGCUGGCAUUCCAGAGUUGCUCACCAAUCUCACUCUUUCCACACUGGCUUUCAGUCCCAUGAACACAACAACUACUUGUUCAGCGUCAACGGAAAUCUUGGCCUAUUACUAUAAUCCGAAAUUACUCUUGAUCCCAUAUUCAGUAGCUCUACUCCUUUCACUCAUCGCCUUAGCGGCUGGUGUUUGGGUGCUUAAGAGGACUGGCAUGCGCACUGGUGAAAUAUUCUCUCAAAUUCUGGUUACGACCAGAAACCUGCUUCUGGACGAACUUGCGAGAGGUUCUUCGCUUAGUAGUGCAGAGGCAGAGGUGUUGAUGCAGCAAAAGCUUAUGUUUGGAGAGUUAAAACAUAAUGAGCAUGAUACAAGAACAGGACAUGCAGCAUUUGGACCUGCGGAACAGUUAUUUAAAUUAACAGGUGGGAAGAUAGCU